AUGCUCAACGUCGGCCAGUUGAUAUGGAUGUCGAUACGACCCCUUCUUCGACUGAUCAUUACAGCCGGUUUCGGUUUCGCGAUCACGAAAGCCGACAUAUUUCCUGCAGUCGCUGCCAGAGGAGCUGGCCAGAUAGCCCUGAAUAUCACACUCCCCUGUCUCAUGUUCUCCAAAAUCCUUCCUGCUUUUAAUUCGGACAACAUCUCCGCCUUAGGUCCUUUGGUCUUAGUUGCCUUCCUGUACGAAGUCAUAGGUGUGGUCAUUGCAUGGGUUACCAAACAGUUCUUCUGGGUACCGCACCGAUUUCGGUAUGGGAUCAUUGUAGCAGGCGGCUGGGGCAACUAUGGGGACAUACCUACUAGUGUGAUCAUGAGUAUUACCGCUACUGCUCCGUUCAACGGCACAUCAGAUCAGAAUCUUGCCGUGGCCUAUUGCUCUGCCUUCAUUUUUGUAUUCCUAAUCACUCUAUUCCCUUGCGGUGCUCAUCGAUGGAUUGCCAUGGAUUACGCUGGCCCUGAAGUGACCGAUGACGAGGUCAAGGAAGCGAUGCGAUCAAAGCGACAACGGAUUAUGCAUGUUGUCCUCCACCCCACGUCUUUACUGUCAAAACAGAAAUCGCUUUCCCCGCAAGACAUUGAGAACGAUCCUCGGCUCCCAGAAAAAGCUUCCUCUGAAGAAAAAGGAAUCCCAGACGCCGAGGAAGACCCCACAGAUGGGCUCGCUUUGACUGAGGCCGACCGAGCCCGUAGCAGGAAGCACGUAUCUUUCUUUCCUGACGACACCACAACCGUGUUUGGGGGCCCUUCGCAAGUCCAGUCGCCCGCUCACACCGAGUUCGCGUCAUCUCGGUUCGCUUCUCCGGCACCCACUGUCGUUCAUGGCGACGCGCCACACGAAGGUACGAUGCUCGAGACGACUGCGGAAGCGACUCCUAUGCCUCUCCCUACUGCCGCCUCCCCGAGCCCGACGCGGGCACGUCGGCUCCACUCCCAAGCUAUUUCCUUCUUCCGCUCUAUUCUAUCACCGCCCUCACUCUCCAUCCUUAUCGCCUUCCCGUUCGCACUCAUCCCGCCGGUGAAAGCCCUAUUUGUGCCUGUGGCUAAUUCCCCCAUCCCGAACGCACCCGAUGGCCAACCUCCGCUGGCGUUCGUCAUGGAUGCGGCACAGUUCAUCGGUGCAGCAUCGGUCCCGUUAGGAUUGAUCUGUUUGGGGAGCGCCAUGGCUCGGCUGAGGGUGCCGAAGGGCGGCCUGGAAGGCUGGGCAAGGAUGCCCGUCGGCGCCAUUGGCUCCUUGGCAGUUGGGAAGGUUCUGCUUAUGCCGGUGCUGGGUGUACUGAUCUGUCAAGGGUUGACGAAUGUUGGAGUAAUAGACAAACAGGAUACGGUCUUGCGCUUCGUUUGUAUAUUCUUUUCCUGCCUCCCGACAGCAACGACGCAGAUUCUCCUGACGCAGGUCUACUCAGGCACCGGGACCGCUGAGCACCUCUCUGUCUUCCUUAUUCCACAGUAUAUCCUCAUGUUCAUCUCCAUGGUGGUCCUUACUGCAUACUCCCUGAACCUCAUCUUCUAAACAUGCAUUCGAGUCUUAUAAGGGAUCCGUGGUGAUAUACAUAGAUGCGUUAGCUGUGCCCACUGGCACUAGAAUCCAGACACUAGUUAGUACUGGUCGAAAUGGCAUUGAACUUAAUGUAUUAUUCU